UGAAUUUUGAAAAUUGCUAUUAAAUAAACAUAAACGAAUUAAUAAAACAUUUUGUUAAUAUUUUUCUUUUAAGGAACAUACAUUUAAGAUCAAUAAACAGAGAAUGGAAAGAUACAAGACAAUGUUCCACUAUACAUUUUCAACUUUUAUUCUUAUCCUACUAGAAACUGCAGACUUUGGACGAAUGUCUACAAUAAAAACUAGCACCAAAUUGAAAAAUGUAGCUUCAACGGUAAAUGGAGCAACUUGUGAAGUGAGCAGUACAUUUCCAACAGCGUCAUUUACUUUUCAUUGCCAAAAUGCUUUGCAACCAAAGUCAGUUAAUAUAUUAGACUGGUCCCCUCGAUGUACUGGAGCACCUUGUUAUGAUAGUUGGAUUCUUGUUAAAUUCUCCAAACCAUACAAUAUUAUUGAAAUUGGUAUUACUCAGAGGAAUAUUCCUGCUAAAUAUUACAUUUCAUCCGUUGAAAUUACAAUUGGUGAAAAAACACCAGUUUAUAAAAUAAAAAAUUAUGAAAAUUAUCUUCUGCUUGAAGUAGGCAGUGGAAUUAAUUGCACCAGUUUAAAAUUUAAGCCUACAUUGUUUGCUUUAUCACUUUUAAAUUCUGGUUACAAUUCUAUUAUUGCCUAUGCAUUUGACAAAGGUAAAGUCAUCAGUUAAUUGUUUGCCAUGAUUUUGUUAUUGGUGAUUUUUUUCCUUUUUUCUUCAACAUUAGAUUCGACUGAUGAUGAUGAUAACGACGAAAAUUUAGUUAAUAUAGCUUCUCUGGAAUUGGGAGCAACUUGUCAACAGUCAAGUAAUCGUAUCAACCAUGAAUGUAGUUCGGCACUUGAUACAAAUUUCCAAUUUGGUUGGACAGCAAAUUGUGGUGGUCACACUACCUGCUUGAAUGAAUAUAUAAUUAUUACUUUUUCAGAACCUGCUCGACCUCUGCAUUAUUGCUACAUUAACAGACUGGAAAUGAAUAAUUAUGUUAAGAAAUUAAGAAUUGAAUGGACAACUUCUGGUUUUGUCGAUACUCUCGAAAAUCUACCAUCAGGAUACCUAAGCAACUGCUUCAAUUACGAGCAUGAACCAACAAUUGAAUAUUCAGUUAAAGUAAUUCUUAAAGAAUUUUAUGGAUCCAAUUCCAUUGGAUUUACUUUUUUUAAAGUUUUUGCAAAACGAAUUUAUAAUAUUUAUGAUAUUCAAUUUGUUCAUGAUGUUGUCUAUCAUCUGCCUAUACACUUUCAACCAAUAUUUAAUAUAUUCAAGUUAAGAGUUCAAGGUCAAAAUUCUGGAAACUCUUCAGACUGUUCAUCAUUAAUUAUAAGUAUGAAGAAUGACAAAACAAAGCAAUUUUCAGUAAAAUUGGAUACAAUUUCAAAUAAUGUGGAAAAAUCAUCUAUUGAAAUUUUUGAACCAGAAUUCAGAAUAGUUGAAUUUAGUAAUUCAACUUCAUUAAUAAGUUGCGAACUGUGGACUGAUUUUUGGUUGAAAAUAGCACCAUGUGAAAUAACAUUUGGUUUAGGUAAAAUAUAUGAUUUGAAUAAACUGGUUAGUGUAAAGGCAAAAGUAUCAAUGAAUAUUCAUGAAAUUCUAUUCAAGAAUGGAGUUGCUGAUAUAAUUAAUCAAGUUCAAAUGAUUGAUAUAGAUCAAAAUAUUAAUUUUCAAUAUGAUGGUUACUAUGAAAAUCCUGGUAAUAUGGUGGAUAACUGCAAAAGAAUAAAAUCUCCAGCAACAUCAUUUGACUAUAAAAUAUUCAAUGGAACGGAGUUAUUCACGAAUAAUUCAAAACUGGUAUUAAUUUUAAAGGAAGAUGGAGAGUUUACUGGUAAAAAUGUCAAUAUUUUUAUCAGUUAUAGCACAAAAGAAUAUGAAGAUGAAAUGAUAAAUUUAUGCGAUCUUGAAAAUUUUAAUCCACAAAAUUCAUUUCUAUAUUUCUAUUUUCAGUGUAAAAAUCUAAAUAACCACGUAACUGACGUUGUUAAAAUUCACAUACUUUUAGAUAUUUAUCUAGAAAGCAGAGAUGUUUACUUUUGCAAAUUGUUCUUUAUUUAAAUUAUGUGAAAAGAAAAAAAAUUUGUACCGAAAGAUCCUUGUUAUCUCUCUUGACAUUAACGUACUUGUAGAUGUAGAUCACCUAUAUUUCAACUGCUUUUAUGAAUUCUGUACUUUGUUGUAUUUUUAUUCUGACAAUUUUUCUACAUAUAUAAUAAUACAUCAAUAUUUCAAUGCUUGAUUAAUGGAAAAUUGUGCUAAUUUUAUGAAGAAUCUCCAAGGCCAAGGUCAC